AUGGGAAUUACUUCUACUUUUUAUAUUGCAACUUUAUAUUUAAGUUGUAUCGUAUUAAUUGUUAAAUCUGAUCCGGUGACGUUACAAGCAUGUGAAGGACAAGAUCUAACGUUAACAUGUGGUCGUGGAGUAAUAAUAAUAACUUCCGCAAAUUAUGGCAGAACAUCCCCUAACGGUGUUUGUGGUUUCGGAUUAAAUUCUAAUUGUACAUUACCUUCCUCAACAAAAACAGCACAACAACUAUGUAAUGGCGAAAAACAAUGCACAAUAGAUGUUACAAGUGCAGAAUUCGGAAUAGAUCCGUGUCCGGGUACUGCUAAAUACUUGGAAGUAACAUACAAGUGUGAAUAUCCAGAAGACCUACCACCAAUAAUUCCAGGACUUUAUCCCAAUGGAACUGUGAUAAAUUAUAUUUGCCCUUAUGAAAUGUUCACUUUAAGUUGUGUUUCCGGAAAAGAAAUAGAUAUUUUAGAUGUAUUCUUUGGACGAAAAAUUGAUUCUAGAAUUUGUCAAGGCCCUUUUAACUUGUGGAAUAACAAUCCCAGUUGUGAUGAAUCCCCUUUUGCUACAAAAUUGGUUAAGAACUCGUGUCAAGGAAAACCAUUUUGCAUACUUAGAAAUACUAAGCUGGUUUUUUAUGAAAAGUGUCUAUUUUCUAGGGGGUACUUACAAAUAGCGUACAACUGUAUUUAAGUCACUUCUUAACAACAUAUUUUAUAAAUAUGGUUUAUAUUCAUAAUAAAUAAAGAUGUACACAAUUGUGAAUUAG